GGGUGAGGGAGGCUGAGGUGCCAGCUGAUACGGUGUUGUUGUGUUAUUCAUCCUAUUCAUGGUGUGGUCUAGCGAAAGAGAGGUGCGUGCGGGGCGCAUGCUUGCUGCCAGCCGGCGGGGCGUCUGCUACGAUGCCACAAGCUGAUGACUCGGGUGCCUACCGGUACCGGUAUUCUGGGGACGUGUCGUGCCUCACAUGAAGGGGCGGUUGAGUCGGUGGGUGGGCGCUGUGGGCCGCCCGCUCGCCACCACCGACCCCCGACAUGCCAUACCAGGCAGGAUGAGGCUGGCUCAUCCUGCAUACCGGUAUUGCCAGCAGCCGCUGCCUGCCUGCCUGCCUGCUGUGGCAGACGGGGCGAGCCGUGACGCGAGAUGGCGAAGGAGGGCGAAGGAGGCCUUGCCAGGGCACCAGGGGGUUGCAGGGUGCGAGGGGUUGUCCGGAACCUCCGCUGAAAACGCGGGGAGAGAGGAGCGCCAUACUCGGUUGCUGGGGCCGCACAACCGCCUGGCAGGCUCCGGAGCUGCAGCAGCGGUUAGGAGGAAACUGUAGUAUUGAUGGUAGGCGGCAGUACUGGCGUUGGUAGGGCUUUCGAGUUGCGAUCCUGGUCGUUGUUGUUGAAUUCUGGCCCUGGCAGCCGCGUUGGCCGGCUGUUCCCAUGGCCGGCUGUUCCCAUGCUGCGCGUGUGGCUCCCUUCGUUAUGUACCUUUGUUAGGAAGGGCGUUACCCCUGCUGCUGCGGCGGCGGCACCAGUAGUGGUGCAGAUGCAGGACUGAAAUGCGUGAUGUAGCCGGCUUCUUCAUCCACUUGAACACCCUUCUCGAGUGUGUACACACAACACUGACAACACGUGAACAUCUGAACAAGUGUGUGAUUGAGACCGUUUUGACAACUCGUGAUACAUAUAUAUCGCGCGCACACAACACCCGCAAGAGAAUAAUGUCGUUCUAUUUCGUCUCCACGUGGUGUAUCGUACAAGUCUUUGUUGCUGCCGUACACCGGGUGGAGAAGUUUGGAGAAGUUGCACGGAAAUGUCUUUUGCACAUGAUAGGGCGGAUGGAGUGCGCUAGGAAUGCUCUUGACACCUCUGUUGCCUGCGAUGUUGUUGCCUGGUGAUGAGUCCGAUGACACGUCGCGUGGCUGCCCACCCACCGCCUCCCCUCCUUCUCGUUGCUCCCGGCACCAUGCGAGGUGCGGGGCGGGGAAGGUACCCAUCCGCAGUUGCACCCUUGGACCCCCUUGCGGCCCGUGCUGCUGGAGGGAUGGUUCUUGGAUGGCAGCGGGGUGGUCCGCAGCGGCGGCGUGUUACUCGGCUCGCAGCGUCGCUUGGCGGUCGGUGCUGCAGAGGCUGUUGUUAGGGGCCCUACUGGCGAAGACCGGGAAUGAGGGUGUAGGGUGGCAGCAGGGAGGGGACAGGGGAGGCGUGGCACGGGUCUUGGGGGCUCUGCUGUGGCGCAUGUUGGCACGUAGCCCGUCCGGUGUUUGGGGGCGUGUUCGCGGGCACGCGAGUGUGUAGUUGAGUAGAAACAAGAGCAAGCAGUGUGAUAAACGCCUGGGUUGGGCGCGGCUGGGCGUACGGCACAUUCCAACGCAUGUGCGCUUUUUUGCGCUUCUUGGGGGGUUUCGUAUGAGGUAUGAAAGGUAUGCUACGAGAUGAGAACGAGCUGACAUGAAGGUGUUAGGUUGUCUUGGUAGAUCCGGUGUACGGCAACGACAUGAUCGCUUUCGGCGUGGAAAGAGAUGACUGCUUCUGGUGUCGGCGUGAAAGAGAUGAGGCAUACUGAGGCAAUCAUUGGAGCUACAGCAGCUACUAGGUGACUGGGUUCAGAACCCCAACUUGGGUUGAGUCCCAUGGGACGUACAGACACAUAUUGCAAUGCCUCGAAGGCUUCAAAACUUUCGCAACUUGUAUUGUAAAAAAUAUGUUACUAACGUUGGCCAGAGCUGUAGCUGCGCCAAACAUGAAGUAAAGCACUUAUAGCGUUUCUGGCUUACGCACGACUGUUGUCCUAGCACCCGGUCCGCUGGUGUGCUAUUUGCAUCUACGCAUAUGCAUGCGACAAUAAAUUGAUUAACAACUGCAAAGAUGAUGGCCCUUGUGCGGGCUGGUUCCGCGUGGCCCAUCGCGGCAAGCCGAUGUGCGUCUCGGCUUUUACACGUCCCGGUAGAGCGAGACCCCUCGUUUGCGCAGCUUCUGGAUAAAGAUGUUAGUUUCUUUGAAGGAGUACUCGGUCGCUCCGGCGUCAUCACUGACCCGGAUGCGCUCGAGCCAUUCAAUCGGGAUUGGCAAAAGAAAUACUUCGGUCACAGCAAAGUUGCUCUUCGGCCCAAGACUACCGAGCAGGUUGCCGAGCUGCUGUCGUACUGCUCGUCCCGGCGGUUGGCGGUUGUACCGCAGGGCGGCAACACGGGACUGGUGGGCGGCAGUGUACCGCUGUACGACGAGGUUGUAAUCAGUACGGCAGCCAUGAACCAAAUCAUCGAGUUUGACGAUGUAUCCGGCACGCUGGUGGCCCAGGCGGGGUGUGUGCUGCAGGCGCUGGACGAGGCGGUGGGGCAGCGGGGCUACAUGAUGCCACUGGACCUGGGCGCCAAGGGCAGCUGCCACAUCGGCGGUAACGUGUCCACCAACGCGGGCGGGCUGCGGCUGCUGCGCUACGGCUCCCUGCACGGCAGCGUGCUGGGGCUGCAGGUGGUGCUGCCGGAGCCGCUGAUGGCGGGGAACACGGCAGGCGGAUCUUCUCCCGACGCCGGGGGCCGCAUCCUGGACCUGCUGCGCACCCUGCGCAAGGACAACACCGGCUACGACCUCAAGCAGCUCUUCAUUGGCGCGGAGGGCACGCUGGGCCUCAUCACCGCAGUCGCCAUCCAGUGCGCCCCGCGGCCUCCCUCCGUGCAGGUCGCGUUGCUGGCGUGUCCCUCAUUCCAGGCGGUAACCGACACGCUGCGGGCUGCCCGGCAGCGGUUGGGUGAGGUGCUGUCGGCGGUUGAGUUCCUGGACGCCUCGUGUUCCGUGCUGGCGUGCGAGCAGCUGGAGGGCGUGAGGAACCCGCUGGUGGCGGCGGAGGGGGAGCAGGGAGCAGCGGCGGUGACCCAUGGGUCGGAGGCGUUGUCGCCGUUCUACAUGUUGGUUGAGACGCAUGGCAGCAAUCAGGAGCAUGACUUGCAGAAGAUGGAGCAGUUCCUGGAGGCAGUGAUGGCAGAGGGCUGUGUGAGUGACGGCACGUUGGCAGCCAGUGAGGCGCAGGCGCGAGCCAUCUGGCGGCUGAGGGAGGGGGUGCCGGAGGCGCUGGCCAGGAAGGGUGCCGUAUACAAGUACGACGUGAGCCUGCCCACCGGGGUGAUGUACGACAUGGUAACGGCGCUGCGGGGGCGGCUGGAGGCUGCCGGGUUUGGUUCCGGAGCGGGUGUGCAGGUGGUGGGGUACGGCCACAUCGGGGACGGCAACCUGCACCUCAACGUGUCAGCGCCCAGGUACGACACCGCCCUGCUGGAUCUCAUCGAGCCGUACGUGUACGAAUUCGUCGCACGGCACCGCGGCAGCAUCUCCGCGGAACACGGCAUCGGGCUCAUGAAGGCCGCAGCGCUGCCGUACAGCAAGAGCGCGCUGGCUAUCGAGCUGAUGCGGCGGAUCAAGGGCGUGGUGGACCCACAUGGCAUCAUGAACCCGUACAAGGUGCUGCCGCGCGGCUAGAGGGUGUAAGUACCGGUAGCGUUAGUUAGUUAGGUAGCUAGGGUUGUGUUGUGGGUACUUGUGCCGAUACACAUGGAGAGAGGUGCUGUUUCCUCGAUGUGAUGUGUGGGCAGUGGGCAAGCGAUACCGGCGGGCAGAGAUACCAGAGGCGGACUCGGUUUGCGCCCGACGCUUGCAGGCAUUCGGCACCCCGCAGCAGCACGCAUGACAUGCACAUACCUGUCGUACAAACUCAUCGUAUAGGAUACCGGGAUAUUGAGGAGUGUGUACAUGCAUGAAGGAGCGAGGAAGCUGCUAUGUUGUGGGGUGCCAGAGGGGUGGUGGCGAAGCUAUAUCGGAGACUGCGCCGGGAAGAUGUUUUGGUUCCGUCGAGAGGGAGGCGGGUGAGGUUGAAGAGCGCACCCUGUGGCUGGGAUAUAGAGCUCACAAGUGCCUUUGGCCUGGGGUUUCAUAUUGCAUGCGUGAUACCGAUGGCUGCUGCAAGAGAAGGGUGCGAAGAGUGGGAAAUUCAAACGAAGCCGUUGAC